AAAAUUUAUUUUGUAUAUGUUUUGCACGAAUUUGUAAGUUAUCCCUAAUAGACUGUAAGCCCCUUGAAGGCAGGAGCUGUUUCAUUUUUGUAUUUGUAUCGCCAAUGCCGAGCACAGUACCUGUACAUUGUAGGCGCCUGAUGAAUACUUGUAGCUUGAAGACAAAAUGCCAACUGGGGGCAUUUGUAGCCUAACAACCCUGAGGGCGCCCCGGCGCUCCCUCGGGACACUCGAGCCCCCGGUGCCUCCAGCCCUAGUCUCCUUCUUGUGAGCCACCCACACGUCUCCGCUCGGGGUUUGCAUGUUGCCACUUCCGGUCCCAUCGGCUCCUCCCGCUCCCGAGUGGGCCGGGCCGGGCCCUCGCAGAGCUCGAGGCGUGGGCGGGGCUGCUCUCAGGAGCCCCGGGUGCCCGGGGCGCGCAGGGGAGGCAGCGCGCACGAGAUGAGCCGGCCCGAGCCGGGGGCGAGAGACCCCGUGAGCUUCGCCGAUGUGGCCGUGUACUUCUCCCCGGAGGAGUGGGGACGGCUGCGCCCCGCGCAGAGGGCCUUGUACCGUGACGUCAUGCGGGAGACCUACGGCCACCUGGGCGCGCUGGGUUUCCCAGGCCCCAAACCCGCCCUCAUCUCCUGGGUAGAGCAAGAGCCAGAGGUCUGGGGUCCAGAUGCCCGGGACCCCGAGGAGGAAAAGGAGAGCCCGAGGGAAGAAUGCCCAGCAGCCUCUGGAAAACAGAACAAGGAGAAGAAGUGGAAAGAAAGGACUGGAUUCCAGGAAACUGAAGAGUCUGUAAAGGAGGUUUUGCCAACUGAGGUACUGCAUGCCUUCCGCCAGGGUGAUAGAGGCACUCUUCACCAAUGUAUCCCCAAUCUGAAGAGGCCCUGCCCUUGUCCUCAGUGUGGACGCCAUUUUGCAUUUCCUUCUCUGUUGGACAGUCACCUGCGUGUGCACUCUGGGGAGCGUCCUUUUGUCUGUGCACAAUGUGGGGCACGAUUUUCACAACGCAAAAGCCUCAUCCAACACCAGCUCAUCCAUACAGGGGAGAAGCCCUUUCUGUGCCCAGACUGUGGGCGCUGUUUCCGGCAGAGUGGGUCCCUGGCCAUCCACCAGCGUACACACACAGGCGAAAAGCCCUACUCCUGUCUUGACUGUGGGCGCUGCUUUGCCUAUCCUUCCUUGCUCGUCAGCCACCUACGGGUGCAUACAGGAGAACGACCCUAUGCCUGCACUCAUUGUGGAGCAAGAUUUUCCCAAAGGAAUAAUCUUGUCCAGCACCAGCUCCUCCACACAGGUGAGAAGCCCUAUCCCUGUUCUGACUGUGGGCGAUGCUUCCGCCAGAGUGGAUCCCUGGCGAUCCACCGUCGGGCACACACGGGUGAUAAACCAUACCCCUGUUCUGACUGUGGGCGCCGAUUUGCUUAUCCCUCCCUCUUGGUGAUCCACCAGCGAACCCACACAGGUGAGAAGCCAUACUCCUGCCCUGACUGUGGGCGCUGCUUUGCCUAUCCCUCCCUAUUGGUCAGUCACCAGCAUGUGCACUCUGGCGAACGCCCUUACCCCUGUCUACAGUGUGGGGCACGUUUUGCCCGCCGGGAGAAUCUUGUCCAGCACCAGCUCAUCCACACGGGUGAGAAACCAUAUUCCUGUCCUGACUGUGGGCGCUCCUUUCGGCAGAGUGGCUCCCUGGCCAUCCAUCGACGUAAACACACAGGCGAGAAGCCCUACCCUUGUCCUGAAUGUGGGGUCUGUUUCACCUAUUCUUCUCUACUGGUCAGCCAUCGUCGAAUUCAUUCUGAUGAGCGUCCUUUCCCCUGCACUGAGUGUGGGAAGUGUUUUAAGCGAAAGUACGCUCUUGAAGCCCACCAGUGGGUCCACCGGUCUGGCACUGAGAAGAGGCAGAGUGGGAGAGCUGCUAUACAGCCUCUUCCCCAGGCUUCUGUGAAUGGGAUCCAGGAUCCCCCGGUGGACUUCCAGUACUACCCAGAUAUAUUCCAGGAGUGUGGGUGAUCAAGUCUUUGGGGAGGGAAACAUGAGAGAUCCCAGUCUUCUCCAUAAUGUCUAAGGCAUGGCCAUGUAGUGGUUCCGCUGAAGAGGAUGAUGGAAAGAUGUUAGAGGGUCUAGGGGAAAAUGACAAGUUCUGGAAUAACUACCAGGAUUAAGGAAAUCAAAAGAGAAAUAAAAGAAUUGACCAGUCCCCGUGA